AUGCCAGAAGAAACCAAGGAGGGUGCAGCACUGACGACUAAAGGAUCGAAGAAAGCCGUCACUAAGACGGCCGGUAAGGGUGGCAAGAAGCGAAGAAAGUCCAGGAAGGAGAGCUAUGCUAUCUACGUGUACAAGGUGUUGAAACAAGUGCACCCUGACACGGGUAUCUCAUCAAAAGCUAUGGGCAUCAUGAAUUCGUUUGUUAACGAUAACUUCGAGCGCAUCGCCGGUGAGUCGUCUCGUUUGGCUCACUACAACAAGCGCUCCACCAUCACCUCCAGGGAGAUCCAGACUGCCGUGCGCCUGCUGUUGCCCGGAGAGCUGGCCAAACACGCCGUGUCCGAGGGCACCAAGGCCGUCACCAAGUACACCAGCUCCAAGUAA